ACAGAAAUUCUUAGGUGUUGUCAUCGUGUUCCUUAGUUUGGUGUGUUUUACACUGGGCGUGCGAGCAGAAUUUAAGACGUUCACAAUGCGACUUUAACAGCAAUUGUUUUUUCCCUUUUUCUAUAGCUUGUUAGGGUUGUAUAACGUUUUUCUCUUAUAGAACACAGAAAAAGGGACAGUUAAGUAUCUUCGGAAACCAAACAAUCCAAUAUUUCACACGAAGGCUAGCUUUUAAGCUACUAGCUAACGCCUAACGUUAGCUAGCUAUGGAGGAGAAGAAGGAGGAGGGAGAAGCGGAGAUCCAAGAACAUGGCCCCGAGCACUGGUUCUCCAAAUGGGAACGGCAGUGUUUAGCUGAGGCCGAGCGGGAUGAUCCAAACGAGGAGGAGUCGGAACAAAGCCAACAGAAACUCUGGCACCUCUUUCAGAACUCGGCCACCGCGGUAGCACAGCUCUACAAAGAUAGAGUAUGCCAGCAGCAAGGCCUCUCUCUCUGGGUACCCUUCCAGAAUGCAGCCACAGCUGUCACUAACCUGUAUAAAGAGAGUAUGGAGGCCCGCCAACGGAGCUAUGACCUGGGCAUCCACUUGGGCCACCAGCGCAGGAAUAAGGAUGUAAUUGCAUGGGUUAAGAAACGCAGAAGAACUAUCAGACGCGAAGACCUGAUCAGCUUCCUGUGUGGCAAAGUUCCACCUCCACGGACAGCUCGCGCCCCGCCGAGGGUUGCGAUGGUGUCAGCAAGCCGACCAUCGCCCCCAGAGACGGGGAGCUCCGUGGAGACCGACCUUCAGCCUUUCAGAGAGGCCAUAGCAUUGCAUGGUCUUAGUGGUGCCAUGGCAAGCAUCUCUGUGCGUUCUGGUCCUCCUGGUUCCCCAACUCACCCUGCCCAGUCCCUUAGCCGUCGUAGGAAUGGUCUUCAUGACGUGGACCUCAACACCUUCAUUGCUGAGGAGAUGGCGCUCCAUUUGGAUUCCACAGCCAAUCGUAAACGAGGCCCUGCCCCUUGUAGUGAUGUCAUCACAGACUCACCUACUCAUAAACGUAACAGGAUGCUCUGAACUUUUCCUACACCACUAAUCCCUCCUCUGUCCUCUCCUUGGUGGCCGACUGGACAGCUGAUGAGGACUGAUGCCUUGGCCAACCUUUGAAAUCUUCCUCCUUUUCAUCUUAGUUGCAAUGCUACGAAUAAAGAAACUUAACUAUUACCAAUCCACACAUUUAUUCCCUUUUUCUUUCAUCCCCCUCUGUUGUCUCACACAUCCUCUCCAUAGCAGUGUUCUGUUUUGUUUUUUCAGAAAAAAUCUUUCUUGUUUGUUUGGUUGCCCACAGUAGAUCUGAUAGAGAAGCGAGCACACAUCACACUUGAAAUCCUUAAAUUGCAGAAUGUUGCGUUUUAGACAUUGUUUAUUUGCCCGGACUCCUUUUGUUCUUCACAUCCGAUAAUCAGAUGAACCGGGCUGUUACCUGCUGUUUGCCGUUCUCUUCCCUUCAUUCCUCAAGCGUACUUCCUCCUCCACUGUGGAGUGCUGGCCAAACCAGACUGGACUGAAACCCCGGCUCCUUGGGAGGCUGAACCACCUCCUUGCCGCGUGGGUCGACUAAAUGCUUGUCAUCGCGUGUAUCUCAUUCUGCUGCUGCUUUGUGUUUGCGUAUCUGACAGCAGAACUGCCACUUACUGUGUUGUACUUGUCUUUGCCUUUGAGAAAGCUGCUACAGUAUCUCUGGUUGUUGUGCAACAGUGAGUGUGUGUGAGUGUGUGUGUGUGUGUGCGCGUGUGUGUGUGUGUGUGUGAGUGUGUGUGUGCGCGUGGAUUCGGGGUUCUGGCAAAUCCAGCACCCACUUGACCGACUUAUUUCCUGUUUUACCUAAAUUCACCCUUUUUUUUUUCUUUAGUUGCUCUUUGCAGCCCUAACCAAGGUUUUAUCACAAAGCAGGUCAGUCCUAUUUACACAGAUAAUUGUGACUGAGUUAGCUGACACUUUGAGUAGUGUGUUCACAAGAGAUGAGCAAGAUGUAUUUUCAACAACGAUUUGUUUAAGUACCCAUGUCCUGCAUUAUUAUUUGCAAGUUUCCAAUCAUGCUGUUGCUCAUAAGUAUUGUCAUGUUUACAAAUAAUCCAAAUAUACACAGUUUAACUGUCCGCGUCAAAUACAAAUACAUUUCUAGCAUUUUGCAUUCAGAGUGAUUCAAAGCUUGUAUUUUACUUUAUUUAUGAUUACACUUUGACAAGUACAUACCCUGGUGUGCUAUCAUUUUGUCUCUUGUAUUUAAGAGCGUUACAACACUUUCACACCUGUGAUUUCAGCUUUAAACCUAUAAAAUUACAGGGAGCACUUACCUGUGAACCAGAUUGGGCCGAUGGCUGUGAUAUUUUAUUUUGCUUAGCCAACUCGUGCACUAUAGGGGCGAUGGUUCAGCAAGGCUUGGGACACUUGUUUUGCUUAUUUCACACACUGCUUUGUGAUACAAUCUUGUGUACUGUGUGUAAAUAACAUGUAGGUGCUGUUAUAUGUGGUACAUAUUGUAAAAAGAAGUGCAAAUCCUUUGGGAUGUCCAUGUACAAUAACAAUUCUGACAUUAAAGAAAAUACAAUUCUGACAUUAAAGAAAAUACAAGCGUU